UGGUGUCUAUUCGCCGAAAUCACCAACAUCAUGUCACUCUUCCGGCUGACACUGACGGUUCAAGACGUGGCCGGCGCCCUCCUGGCCGUUUCCUUCUACACCAAAGACCGGGGCAUGGAACUGCCGCACCCCACGCGUCAGCCUGGACGCACCAUCACCAUCGUGUUCCCCAUUUGGCACCGGUUCUUGGACAUGACGAUGGGGAUUUGUGAGUUACUAAUUAUUCCCCUUAUCGUUUCUCAAGAUUUAGUCUGUGAUCUAAUCCGGGUUGGGAUUAAGAAUUGUCAAGUCACCGGCUGGAAGGAGAAGGGCCACAAGGAUAACGGCAAGUUGUUGAAAGAUGGCGAUCUCAAGCGUAUGUUUCAGCUGGGCUGGAGCAAUUUUGAUGAACCCUUAUAG